AAGAAAUUCGAUGGUUUCGAGAGCGAGCUUCUUUCGCCCACCAACCGCCAAAACAAUCGAAACCCUAGGCGAUAUAGGGCGGAAAAUUGAGGGAGAAAUGGAAGAGACGGAACUUCUCUUAAUUAUCCAUUGCAUUUUUACGUAAUUGCCUCCUCUAAUUUCUCUCUGUCCCUAUUCUCUUCUCUUUUUCUAGUCAUCAAAUUUCAAAUACCAUACUUUCAGCAUCAUUUCAAUUCAAUUCUCUCUCAUCGAAAAAGCGAUACGUGAAGAAAAAAAAAUCGCUUUUUUCUUACCCUCAAACUUCAAUCUCGAUGUCUAAGAGGGUACUUUGCAAGUUUUUUGCACAUGGAGGAUGUUUAAAAGGGGAGCAUUGUGAGUUUUCACAUGACUGGAAAGAUCCACCAAAUAAUAUUUGCACCUAUUACCAAAGAGGAAUCUGCUCUUAUGGCAGUCAUUGCAGAUAUGAACAUGUUAAACCAUCUAGGUCAGAUUAUGCUUCAUCUUCAACAACAAUUCAUCACCGAUCUACGGUAUCAAUGUCUGUUCCUCUGGUUCGUCCUGUGAGAACUGGAUUUAGCAGGGGGACAUCAGUCCUACGCACAUCUGGAGAGCUUUCUGCUUCAAGUAGACCUUACUUUCCUCCCACUAAGCCAGCAUGGAAUUCGGAAUCAGGGCCAAACAACAUUUUAGAAAAUGGUGGUGUUAUGGAAUCUAGGAAUGUUAAACCAGAAGACCGUUCUCUGUGUUCAUUUGCUGCUGUCGGUAAUUGCCCCCGUGGAGUUAAAUGCUCUCAUAUUCAUGGUGACAUUUGCCCAACUUGUGGGAAACAUUGCUUGCAUCCCUUCAGACCAGAAGAAAGAGAGGAACAUUUGAAAAUGUGUGGGAAGAAGCAAAAGCACCUUGAAGUAUUGAAGCAUAGUCAAGAAAUAGAGUGCUGUGUGUGCCUAGACCGUGUGCUUUCAAAGCCCACGGCAGCUGAAAGAAAGUUUGGGCUGUUAUCUGAAUGUGAUCAUCCUUUCUGUAUAUCCUGUAUUAGAAACUGGCGUAGCAGCUCCCCAGCUUCUGGAAUGGAUGUCAACACUGCAUUGAGGGCUUGCCCAAUUUGCCGUAAACUGUCAUAUUUUGUUGUUCCAAGUGUCAUUUGGUAUUCCUCUAAAGAAGAAAAGCAGGAAAUUAUUGAUAGCUACAAGGCGAAGCUAAGGUCUAUAGAUUGCAAGCAUUUUGACUUUGGGAAUGGAAACUGCCCUUUUGGGACAAGUUGUUUUUACAAGCAUACUGUCAAGCCAGGCUCAUACACAUGGAAAUAUCGUAGACCCCCUCCACGUAGGCCACGUCCCCGCAGAACCGGUGUUGUGGAUGACAUGAACAUCUUUGAUGUUUUUGAACACUUAUUUGAAGAAGAUGAACUGGACAUCUUUGAUGCUGAGGAUUACUUUGAUGAAGAUUAUGAAGAUUAUGUGGUUUUUUUAUUGAUGCAGAUGAAUAUUGGAUCAGGCGACACCUCCAGUGAUGAUGAAAAUUAUCUCUUCUAAGCUAUUAGAUGUAGCCAUAUUGCAAACUUUUUUUUUUCUUCUAGAAGUUUGGAGUUGGUGAUUUGGCUUUUGACUUCCUAGUAUCUUAAGCAUUUUGGAAUAGAUGAAGCUUGUAGUUUGUUGCUUGUCAGCCUGAUGUCCAUCUUAUGUUUAUAGGACGAGUAUUCAAGGAAGUCUAGGGUGCCUGCCAGGACAAUGAUCCCAUCUAUUUAUAUGUGUGUGUAGCACUGUGUUGUGGAAGAUAAGCAGCCUGGAAAUGUGUUUCUUGGUUGAUGUACUCUCAUGAGCUCAAUUGAGGGCUUUGAGCACAUGUUUUAGCUAUGUAAUAUAUAAUGAAAAGUCGGAAAUUUUUAAAGCUUUCA